AUGGCUUGGAGGUCACGGCUCUCUUACAUUGGAUGGAGGCAUCUAAGUAUUUUUUCCAACCCAUCUCCGUCUAACUGGACUAAAGUGGUGUCUGAUGCUGAAAAGAUCGUAGGAUAUCCAACUUCAUUCAUGAGUUUGCGCUGUUUACUCAGUGACGAGCUCAGCAAUGUGGCCAUGCAUGUCAGGAAGCUGGUGGGAACAAAACACCCUCUGCUCAACACCGCCAGAGGAUUUGUGUACGACAGCCGGAAUAAUCUACAGAUGCGAGGUCUCAUUGUGUUGCUGAUGUCAAAAGCAGCCGGUCCAUGUCCCAGUACCAGUGACCCGAUUCAUGACAGUAUGGUCAGCGGCAUCUACCCAAGUCAGAGGAACUUGGCUGAGAUCACGGAGCUGAUUCACACGGCCUUCCUGGUGCAUCGUGGGAUUGUGAAUCUGAAGGAGUGGACAAACUCCGAUGGCCCCCUCAAAGACAUGCAGUUUGGGAACAAGAUGGCUGUUCUGAGUGGCGAUUUCCUGUUGGCCAAUGCCUGCACGGGAUUGGCCCAGCUCAAUGACACCAAGGUCGUGGAGCUGAUCUCCAGUGCAAUCGGAGAUGUGGUGCAAGGAAUCUAUCACGAGAGCUCCACUUCUGCAGAGGAGGGGAGUCUAACAGUUGCAUCCUGGGAAGACCAGACAUUCCUGUCCCAUGGUGCUUUGCUUGCCAAGAGUUGUCAGGCAGCGAUGAAGCUGGCCAGACAUGGUAACGAGGCUCAGAAUUUGGCUUUUCUGUACGGAAAACACCUCGCUCUGGGACACAAGCUGAAUUCGGAUCUUCAGCCAUUCGUGAAGAGCGGGUCAGAACCGGCGGUGUUUAGUUUGGACUCGGCUCCUGUAGUCUUCCACAGACAGAUCGUUGGACCUGAGAGAUGGCGGCACCAGCUAAAACAGGUUCAAAAUAUGGCUAGACAGAUUGAUUACACAAAGCUCCGGGGCCUGAUAAAGACGGAGAGAGGCGUGAGCCAGGCCCUUGACCUGUGCAGUUACCACGGCAACAAGGCCUUAGAAGCCAUGAAGUGCUUCCCAUCCUCAGAAGCUCGGUCAGCACUGGAAAACAUGGCAUGCGCGGUCACCAAGUUCUGAAGAUGGUUUCGAUCUGGAUGUAUAUAUCUGAAUCCAAUUUCGUUUGAUGCAGUUGAUUAAUGCUUGAGCCUGCCUGGAGGUUGAUCAUGAUUUUUUUCGGGUGCUGUUUUUAGACGACUUGCGUUGGAGUGUUUGCGGCUCCCACCUGCUCUACAGAUGAUGAUUUAUAUGUGGAACUGAUGAGUGUCGCACACAUUCAAGUUAACUGGACUCCAACAAAUCAACGUCAUCUUUUAAAAUAAAAUGAGUUGUCUUUUUGAAACAAAUCAAUGUCUCUCUUUAGUCUAAAAUUUCUACAAUUCCCUGAAGUAUUUCACAGAAGACAGUAUCUCUAUACACCACUUUAAAGAAGACAAACAAACAUUAUUGAUAUCGCUGUAAGUUGAUUCGUGACCAUAGAGAAAUGUAUUGGUGUUAUAGGGGGUGGCAUUAAUCUAAAUGUUUGUCCAAAAACCAAUGACAGUUUGUGAGUGAGUGUGUGUGUGUGUUGUGGGUGCCCGGGGUGCUCCAGCAGCAGUGUUGGCAGUAAUAAUUAAUGAGGUGAGUGUGUGACCUGAGUGAAUGGGCAGGAAAUGCUGCAGUAUUGAUCAGCUCAGCGAGAGGACUGGCGCCAGCCUGGGCAGCCUGUGGUUUCCCGGGUGACCACGGGGGGGACGACUAGGGUGUGAAGUGGGGCGUAGGCGAGUGACGGUCACCGCCGAAAGCUGCCAGGCCACACAUACACGCACAUACACACUUGAAUUGCUUGAAGGACAGAAAGGGAAGAACAUGCAUGCAGGAACAUCAGUAGCUGAGUUCCUCCCAUGUCUCUCUCUGGCCUCGGAAAUGUAGGCACGAUAUUACACUAAGUUUUUUUUGGUAAAAGCGGGACAGCCCUCUGGUCAUUCAUGAAAGAUUCAUUUUGGCCUCAAGCAGACCUGAGAAAACUCGCCAUGAAAACCUACGAAGACACCUGUCAGAGGCAAACUUUUUGUGCUGUCUUGCCCUGAUCAGACUUUGUUCAGACUUUAUUAUUAGUGUCACUGUGAUCUGAAUUCCUUAUCACAGAUCCAACUAUCAAACUAAGCAUAAAAGAACAAUAUGAAAGGUCAUGAGAGGUCUUUUGAUCUUUUGUUUUAAGGAGAUCGUGGGUUUUGGGUCUCUACCUCUUGAGAUUGUUCGACUCACAAUUUAAUUCGUUGUGUGGAAGCCUUUUUCAUUUAAUCAAAGCCAACACUUCAUAGCCUGGAAGAAAUCAAUGUAUUUCGUUAGUUUAUCAUUGCCGGCUUUGUUUGUUACGUGUCUUUCAGUGACCUGGCCUGAAAUAAGUACCAUAAUUUUACAUUCUGAUUUGUAAAAACCAUUUACGUCCUCGUCCUUUUUAUUAUUAUUGCGUGCCAUAUUAUAGCCAGGCUACAGCAAGGUUACAACAACACUAAAAUAUACUGUAAAAAUUUUUACUGUAAUGUGAUUCAAAAUCUACAGCGAUUUCUAACAGUGUGGCAAUCCGAUCCCCUGAAGACAUGGUUACCCAGUGGAACAAGCUAGACAGUGUGUGUAUGAUAGCAGCUCCACUUCAGCACAGCUCAUAACUGUUACAACACUCAUUUAUUCCAUACAGACAGGCGACUCUCCGCCUCCUUUAUGUGUUUGGGUCUGUGUGAGUUAUUUCAGAACUGGAGGAGACUGUGGUCCGAGAUCAGUCACCUAGAUCUGGUCUCUGUGCAUUG